AUGAGAGUCUAUAGGCAGUUUAUUUUGAUUAUCACAUGUUUGGGAGGUGUGAGCUUUGCUGCGUAUGACGUUCAUUCGAGUAAUCACGGACAACAUGAUAUUGGAGAAACUGUUGACAGCUUGCAGAAAGCUCAGGAAGCAAUGUUAAAAUUACAAUUUUAUACAGUGGAUGAAGGAAAACAAAUAUCAAAUACAAGCGGAGACAAUUCAAGUGCUACGUUUAACCUUAGUAAGGAGAAGUUUGAAAGCAUAGUUUCUAACAUCAAUUCUGAAGUCUCUAUGCUAAGAACCCAGGCGCUGAUAUUGUCUAAAGCCUACAGGGAUCUGCUGAUGAAACACAAAGUCGCUCUCCAGAGAAUGGGUACACUACAAGUGAUCCCACCAUUCCAAGAUAACAUCAAACCAACACCGGCCAUUGCUAGUUCCGUUCAGCAUCCGCAAGCAACUCCAAUGUGUAACUGCAACUGUGAAGGGAAACCUCAGCAGAAAUCUCACGAUUCCUACUCGAUUGGCAACAAGUUCUAUUACUACAACAUUAUCAAUAAUAUGGAGGGUUCAAUUAGAAAUCCGCACCGAUCGCAUCAACCCUCGAGCCCAGCAUCAUCUUCAGUGGCACUCAAUCAUCAAUUACCGACUACCGAUUGGGAUGAACCAGAUGUUGUUUUGCCAGCAAAAGCUCCAGCGACAAAGCAUUACGAGACAGUACCCCCUAAGGAAAGAAUCAAUUGGAAGAAGAAAUUUUUCGAACGUUAUGGAUUGGAAGAAUUGGAAAAGUUCUUCUCUGAUAGUGAAGCGCAAUUGUUGAUGGAACAAUUGACUAAGAAGAGUGGAAUGCGGUCUUCCAAGAUUUAAUGAUUCAAUGGAAACAACUUUGAGAUAAAACAACACAAAUAACUUAUCUUUUCCAAUGUCGAACAAUAGUUGAACUGAAGGUUUACAAAAUAUUGCCUGGUAGAAGUAAGGCUCAAAGUUUCAACCUAAUCAACGUUAAGUAACACUGCC